AUGAAGUCGUCCUGGAUCAAGGCGAAAGCUGCUCUCUCAGUGCCUCUAAGCACGGGCCUUCACCGUUGGAGCAGCACCUCCGCCGUGAUCAUGCCACCUAACACGGCCGUUCAAUUCUGCUCACCGGCCCAUCGCCCAGUCCUCAGACCAGAUUCAUCGUCGUGCGCGCUCUCGCUCGCAUCGUCGCACACCUUGUCGCACAGAUCUUCGUGCAGCUUAUAUUGCGAUGCGUCGACGAGAUCCUUAUCCGCCAACCGUCCAUCCCUCUGCUCGCGACAGCCCGUCGCACGGACCCGAUCGUCGCAUGCAGUCUCGCGAGCAGGUCGCCUCGCGGCCGCUCUCACCACCUCCUUCCUCCACCCAGCCGGCGCAGGCGUCGCGAUCCCUCCCCUUGUUUGCCAAACGCCGAAACGGCAACUGACCGUUGCCAGCGGCGCCGCCAGCGCGGGCCAACCAUCUGUACCGCACCAACCGCACCGAGCGUCAACGGAUACAUCUAUCGCGUCGGGCAGCGGCAGCGUCUCUCAUUUUUCCACGUCGAUCCACGAGGAAGUGGAGGGAAGCAUCUGGCAGGGAGGGAAGACGCUGCGCGGGGCUGUCGACGUGGAGGAGGAAGUGGUGGUGGCGGGGGACGGUGCGGCGGUGGGGAGGGAGCAGCAGGGCUACGCGCAGCUGGAACCCACCCCCAUGGUGCAGGAGGCGUGGGACCUCCUCAACGCCUCCGUCGUUCAUUACUACAACCAACCCGUGGGCACAGUGGCAGCAGCGGAUCCCACGUCAACAGCAGCGCUGAACUACGACCAGGUGUUCAUCCGCGACUUCAUCCCGUCCGCGCUCGCCUUCAUGCUCUCCGGCCACCACGAGAUCGUCCGCAACUUCCUCCUCUACACGCUGCAGCUGCAGAGCUGGGAGAAGACGGUGGACGCGCACAGGCCAGGCGAGGGGCUCAUGCCGGCCAGCUUCAAGGUCACGCAGAUGCCCGUGGAGGGCAGCACUGGUGGCGGGAUGGCCUACGAGGAGCACCUCGACCCUGACUUCGGCGAGUCUGCAAUUGGCCGCGUGGCGCCUGUUGACUCUGGCCUGUGGUGGAUUCAGCUGCUACAAGCAUACGGGCGGUGCACGGGCGACGUGUCCCUCCAGCAGAGAGUAGACGUGCAGACGGGCAUCAAGCUCAUCCUCAAGGUCUGCCUGGCGGAUCACUUCGACAUGUUCCCCACGCUCAUCACCACCGACGGCUCCUGCAUGAUCGAUAGGCGAUUGGGCAUUCAUGGACAUCCGUUGGAAAUCCAGUCCCUCCUGUACGGCGCCCUGAGAGCAGCGCGAGACAUGCUGAUUCCCGAAGGAGACAGCAUCGACCUCAUCCGCGCCGUCAACGCGCGGCUCACCGCCCUCGCCUUCCACAUCCGCCGCUACUACUGGCUCGACCUGCCCGCCCUCAACACCAUCUACCGCUUCAAAACCGAGGAAUACUCCCACGACGCCGUCAACAAGUUCAACAUCUACCCGGAUCAGAUCCCCCCGUGGCUCAUGGACUGGAUUCCGGACAGGGGCGGGUACUUUGUGGGGAAUGUUCAGCCUGCGCACAUGGACUUCCGGUGGUUUGCGCUGGGGAAUUUGUGGGCGAUUGUGAGUAGCCUCGCGUCGCACCAGCAGGCGGAGGCGAUUUUGGAUCUCGUGGAGGAGAAGUGGGAGGAUCUGGUGGGGGGUAUGCCGAUGAAGAUCUGUUUCCCCGCGCUGGAGAACGGCGAGUGGCGGAUUAUUACUGGCGCUGAUCCCAAGAACACAGCAUGGUCGUACCACAACGGGGGCUCAUGGCCGGUGCUGCUGUGGCCGCUGACAGCAGCGUGCAUCAAGAUGGGUCGCCCCCACCUGGCACAGCGCGCUGUGGCCCUCGCAGAGCAGCGCCUGCAGGCCGACCGCUGGCCCGAAUACUAUGACACCAGGCGAGGCCGAUUUAUAGGCAAGCAGGCGAGGUUGCACCAGACGUGGAGCAUCGCAGGGUACCUGACAGCCAAGCUGCUGCUCGCCAACCCCCACGCUGUCUCGCUCAUAGCAGCAGACGAGGACUGUGACAUCAUCAACGCCUCCACCACCCUCCUCGCCUCCAACCCCCGCCGCCGCCGCCACCGCCCCAACCCGCUGCCCUCGCCGCUCUUCUAA